AUGAUAAAUACCAUAAUAAAACAUUCAUUAAUACGUUAUUAUUCUAUUCGUAAUACAAUAUCAAAACGAUAUUUAUCAAGUGAUUCUAGUGAUAUAUUUAAAUUACAAGAACGUGGAUAUUUCUGUGAUAAUCUAAGUGAAACUGAUGAUCAUCUUAGAAAACUUGUUACAUCAAAAAAACAAACAAUCUAUUGUGGAUUUGAUCCAACAGCAAAAUCAUUACAUAUUGGUAAUUUAGUUGGUCUAAUUGGAUUACUUCAUUGGCAACGAGCCGGUCAUCAACCUAUUGCACUCUUAGGCAGUGCCACAGUACUAAUUGGUGAUCCAUCCGGACGAUUACAAGAACGUAAACAAAAUUUAAGUAAUGAAGAUAUUGUAUUGAAUACAGAGAAUAUUGAAGGUUUAAUACGAUUGAUCUUUCAAAAUCAUGAAAAAUAUUUUUGGAAAGAUCAACAGAAAAAAUUAUUACCAUUAACGGUAGUUAAUAAUUUAUCAUUUUAUGAAAAUAUGAAUACAAUUACAUUUGUUGCAACAUAUGGUCCACAUUUUCGAAUGAAUCAAUUACUUUCACGUAAAGUUAUUAAAACUCGUAUUGAAACAUCUCAUGAUGGAUUAGGAUAUAAUGAAUUUAGUUAUCAACUUUAUCAAGCUUAUGAUUGGUAUUGUUUAUUUAAACAAUAUGGUUGUCAUUUUCAGCUUGGUGGUGUUGAUCAAAUAGGUAAUAUGCGAACUGGUCAUGAUUUUAUUUCUCGUAUGACAAAUUUUGAAGAAGAUAGUUAUGGUGUAACUGUACCAUUAAUAACAAAUGAAAGUGGUGAAAAAUUAGGUAAAAGUGUUGGAAAUGCUUUAUGGCUUGAUGAAAAUCUUUCUACACCUUAUGAAUGUUAUCAAUAUUUUCGUAAUACACCUGAUUCAAAAGUAGAAGAAUAUUUAAAAAUAUUUACAUUUCUUCCAUUAAAUGAAAUUCAACAACUUAUGGAAAUACAUCGAACAAAACCUCAUGAAUAUGCUGCUCAAAUUAAAUUAGCUAAACAAAUAACAUUACUAGUUCAUGGAGAAAAAGGACUUGAAUCAGCUAUACGUAGUACUCAAGCAAUGUUUGCUCAAAAUAUUGAUUUACUUCAUAAUCUAACUGAAAAAGAAAUCGAUGGUUUAUCUGUUAGUGUACCAACAAUUCAAAUGUCACUUAAUCCAGAACUUACAUUACUCGAUGUAUGUAUGUCUGCUAAAUGUUUUUCAAAUAAAUUAGUUGCACUUAAAGUCAUUAAUGAUGGUGGUGUUUAUGUUAAUCAUAAAAAAUUAUCAAAUCCUCAUGCUAUACUCGUUUUUGGUAUUCAUAUAUUACCAAAUAAGAUUACUGUAUUACGUGUUGGAAAGAAAAAUUACUACAUGAUUCGAUGGACACAUAUGGAUAUUUCAUUACGUCAAGAAGUUUAG